AUGUCGCACAAUAAUGUACCGGCAGCGGUCUCCCCCUCAGACCCAACGGCCCAUCCCACAGGAAUAUCCAGUCCGACGACGGAAAAGUAUCCAGCAGAUACCUCUGCAUUCCAACAAUAUCCCGAAGUGGUGACUCAGCACCAUACCCAGCCUCACAUGCAGCCUGACUCGAUCUACCAACAACCACAAUACCCUUAUGGCAGUGGCUAUGCAGCAGAAAAGGGCGUGGCCGUAUCACCACCUCCCAGACCUAAUCCCUGGGGCCUGUCCCCGCUGGCAUUUGGAUUGCUGAUAGCAGCGAUUACCGCUGUUGUGGUAGGCGGCGCAGUAGGCGGUGGUGUGGGCGGGGCACUAUCAGGAAACAAAUCGGACUCAUCCAGUGCACAAGUCUCAACAACGACCGUCACUUCAAGCAUAACAACUUCCCCAACAACCACCACCUCUGGUCUGCCAGCUCCCUCAUCACUGGAAAAUUUCGUUGUUCCCGAACCCUACUAUGUCAACACGCUUGAAAAUCCUGGCUGCGCAGACGGCAACUCCCGCAUCGACGUCCAGUACGACACCUCUUUUGACCUCUUUUGCGGCGUCGAUAUGCUCAACCACGUUGCCGAUGAGAACAACCCAGACUUACAGGUUGCUGAUAUUGUGGGACUGUUUGCCUAUAGUCUCACGGAUUGUCUGUACGCUUGCUCGAGCGCCACACACUUCGCACAACUUUAUGGCCAAGAUGAGGCGGGUGGAAAUAUGCAGCCCUGUGUCGGGGUAACUUGGACAUAUCAGAUGGCACAGAGCAAUUCGUCAAAUUUUGCUAAUUGUUGGCUGAAGAACGGAACAUCGACUGGAUUUCAGUGCAAUACAUGCAUCAGUGGCAAGGUGGUUUAA